AUGACGUCGGGAGGAAAGAUCGCCAUUGCGGUCGUGCUCUGUACGAUGGCGCUGUUCUAUCACGCACAUAGCCAAUCUUGUCCCGAAAAAAAUGGCCGCUAUCCCGUGUCUGAUCAGUGUGAUGCGUACACCGAAUGUGUGGACGGUGAACCACGACGACAGCUUUGCCCGGACGGAUUGCUAUUCAACGACAAAGCAUCGCUGUUCACCUACCCGUGCCAGUAUCCGAUCGAUGUCGAUUGUGGCAGCCGUGGACGGACGCAACCGCCCAUCCCGACGGAGGACUGUCCGCAUCAGUUCGGUUACUACAAGGUCGGCGAUAGGGCCAACUGUGGCCAGUUUAAGAACUGUGCCGGUGGUACGGCAUUCGUGCUCAACUGCCCCACCGGGCUAGCGUUCAACUCGGCCACCUACCAGUGCGAUUGGGCGGACCUGGUGGAGGAUUGCGAUGCCGAGGCGUACCUUGGUUUUAAGUGUCCGCCACAGGCCCAGGGAUUGAUCCAGCCGGUGCGUUUCUUCCGUUCGCCGAAUGACUGUCAGAAGUAUUUCUUGUGCGUCGAUGACAGGCCGAGGGUAAACUUUUGCGGUCCGGAACAAGCCUUCAACGAGCUGAUAAACGCGUGCGAUGGGGUCGCCAAUGUAACCGGAUGUGCCUAG